CUGAACUUACUAUUUGACCUCCCAAACCCCCCACCCCCCAAGACUCAGUGUUUGUAGAUGUGCCCCCCAUGUGUGUUUUGUGUGCGAAUGACCCUAACCCUGCCAACUCAUGUGCACACACAUGCACAACCUCAUUAGAACGGGUCAAACUAAGGAGGGGCUGGCUAGCUGUGGUACAGCCACUGGUCUGUAGACCCCACCCCAGCCUCCCCUCCCAGCCCACCAUGAAUCGGCAGCUCGUUAUCUGGGAGGAGCAGCAGCAGCAGCAGCCCCUUGUGAGCCCUGCACAGAGGCAGAGGCGGCCGAGUAAGCUACUGGACAGAGGAACAUGCAGAACGGGAGUGUGGAGUUCUUGCAGGAAGAUCUCAAAAUGCCAGGACGGGUCAUUCGUGUGGGCACGAGAAAAAGUCAGUUGGCCCGCAUCCAGACAGACAGCGUGGUGGAGAAGCUGCAAGCGCUCUACCCAGACUUACAAAUGGAGAUCGUUGCAAUGUCAACGACUGGAGACAAGAUCCUGGACACUGCGCUGUCGAAGAUUGGAGAGAAGAGUCUCUUCACAAAGGAGCUGGAGAAUGCCCUGGAGAGAAAUGAGGUCGAUCUGGUCGUCCACUCCUUGAAAGACUUGCCCACCACCCUGCCUGUGGGAUUCACCAUUGGAGCUGUUUUAAAGAGAGAAAAUCCGCAAGAUGCCGUUGUCCUGCAUCCAAAAAAUACGGGCAAGUCUCUGGACAGCCUUCCAGAAAAGAGUGUUGUUGGGACGAGUUCUCUGCGGCGGGCAGCCCAACUGAGAAAGCGGUUCCCUCAUCUCACUUUCAAGGACAUUCGUGGGAAUCUGAACACUCGUCUCAAGAAACUGGAUGAGAAAGAGGAUUUCUCUGCCAUCAUCCUAGCCGCAGCGGGUCUGCAAAGAAUGGGUUGGCAGGAACGCAUCAGUCAGCUGCUGGAGCCUGAGGACUGCCUCUAUGCUGUCGGCCAAGGAGCUCUGGCUGUGGAAGUGAGGGCAUGUGACCGGGACAUCCUGGAUAUGGUGGCGGCAAUGCAUGACCAUGAAACGGUCCUCCGUUGCAUUGCUGAGAGGGCAUUCAUGAAGCGCUUGGAAGGAGGCUGCAGUGUCCCUGUUGCAGUUCAUACACAGGUGAAGGAGACCCAGCUUUAUCUGACGGGCGCUGUGUACAGUUUGGAUGGCUCAGAGUGUUUGAAGGAAACCAUGCAGGCCAACCUUGAGUCACCUUUGCAGGACCAAGAUGUUGCUAGUGAUGGUGUCCAGCGGGUUGGCAUCACAGCGUGGACCAUACCUGCCAGCCAGCAAGCUACAGCCGAGAAGCUUGGUGUAGAUCUAGCAGACCUGCUAUUGAGCCGAGGGGCCAAAGAGAUACUCACGGUCGCCCGACAACUGAAUGAUGCCAACUGAACUCCACUGGACAGGAAGAGCAGAGAUGCCAGUGAUGUGAGGUAGCGGUCUGCUGGGUCACACGACGUCAUGGGUCCCAAAACCUCAUCCUUAUUUUGUCAAGAUGAUAAUCGGUUUCACCAGGUGGCCUUAAAAGCCGACGUCUCUCCGGUUAUAGAGGGCAUUGUAGGUAUAAACAGCAAUAAAUAGUUAUUGUAUGCAA